AUAAUAUGUAAAUGUAAGUUGAUUCUAGAAUCGUGCGUGGCAUUGUGCGCUUUCUCUCUUGCUGUGUCUGUGUGCGCUGUGGUGGCUUGAGAGAUUAGGGCGCAGAAACCAUCACAUUUGCAAUGGGGUCUAUGCUCGGUGACUGGCCCUCCUUUGACGCUCACAACUUCAGCCAACUUCGACCUUCUGAUCCUUCCAACCCAUCUAAAAUGACUCCUGCCACCUAUUGUCCUACUCAUAGCCGAACUCUUCCACCACCUGAUCAAGUAAUUACAACUGAAGCAAAAAAUAUUCUUUUAAGAAAUAUAUCUCAGCGUGCUGAAGAGAAGUUGAGACCAAAGAGAGCUGCCUCCGAACAUUUAAUACCAGAGCAUGGAUGCAAGCAACCAAGGGCUUCGACCUGAUAAGCUUUACAGAUUUAGUUGGAAAUCCAACAGUUACUAUCGACCAUGUAGAUAUAUCAUGUCAAAUAUGUAUUAAGCUGUUGUAAACUGUUGCUGAUUUGCCUGCCUGAGUGUAAUCCUCGUAAAUUAGACAUGUACAUUUUGAGCUUACAGAGCUGAUUUGCCAGGGUUAUGAUAUAUGGUAUAUGGUAUUAUCUUUUGAA